GAGGAGUCCCUGCAGUGUGUCAGAGGGAGCCUGGGCGAGUCUCGUGUAGCUUGCAGACGCCGUCGAGCAGCCAGGAUGACAGCAGCACUCUUCCGCUCACGAAGAUAACACGUCUUCUUCUUCCACUUGCUUCUCGAAAAGUGACUCAUAUGUGACUGCCGAGACUGAGGGACCCAUAUCGCGAGGGGAAUUCAGGUUCUAGGUUCACUUGAGAUUUCUUCAGGACUCCUUUAAAUUAAAAAAAAAAAAAGAAUGCAUCCUCAGCCCCGCCGUGACCCGUCCAUGUCUGGGAAAGAGCGCAGCCCCCGUCACAGGCCGUGGUCAGUCUACCGGGCCAACACGUUUGAUCUUUCAUCGGAGAUGAUGGGGCUGGCGCUGUCAGGCAACAGUCAGGACCCAGAUGAGCCGGUGUUAGAGUUCAGUUUGGUCUGCAGUGAACUGAUCACACCGACUGUCGACCGUAAGCCCAGCAGCUUUGUGGCUGUCAGCUGCACCACUCCCCCUCAGGCCUUCUGGACCAAACAUUCUCAAACAGAAAUAAUUGAGGGGACAAGUAACCCCAUCUUCCUGAGCAGCGUGGCCUUCUUCCAGGACUCUCUGAUCACCCAGCAGACCCAGGUCAAGCUCUGCGUCUACGACGUGAAGGAUCGUUCCCAGGGCACCAUGUACAUGCUCGGCUCGGCUAUAUUUUCUUUGAAGGAGCUCCUGCAGGACAAACACCACCGCCUGCACCUCACUCUCAGGUCGGCCGAGAAUGAGCGAGUGGGAAAUCUUACAGUCAUUGCCUGGCAGAUUGAGGAGAAACGUGAGCAGAGGGCGCCAGUCGCCAAACUACAGCGAGGAGACACUGUUAAUGGAAGGAUGGUCCUUCCAGUCGACGAAAGCCUGACUGAAUCCAAAGGCAUCAAGUCCAAGUCUUCAUCCCUGUGUAAAGAUCCUCUGCUUAAGGCCGUGUUUGGAAGCGUCAUGUCCCAGACGUACCGUUUCCCCACCACGGACGGCAACCAUCUCGGCGUCCUGGAGCAGAUGGCUGAGAGUGUGCUCUCCCUGCAAAUCCCUCGACAGUUUGUGAAGCUGCUGCUGGAAGAAGAUGCCGUUAGGGUGUGUGAACUGGAAGAACUGGGCGAGCUGUCUCCGUGCUGGGAGAACCUCAGGAGGCAGAUUAUCACUCAUUACCAGACCAUCAUUCUCACAUAUCAGGAGACCAUCAGUGACCUGCAUGAGUACAAAGGACCUUCUUUUAAAUCUAGCACACUGAAAGCUGAGAGGAAGUUGGAGUUUAUUCCGACAAAUUUACACAUCCAGAGGAUGAGAGUACAAGGAGAAUCCGGCUAUGACCACACGUAUGACGUGGUGACCAACGGCGCUCCCGCUGCACACCAUCAAGGCUUCAAAGGCUGCGGCCUGAGGAAACUCCUGCACAAGCUUGAAGAGACCAGAAAAAACUCUUACGAUGAAGAGAGGUUAAGAGGAAUGGCAUAUCAGCCGCAGGAUGUCGUCAGAGCAAAGGAGCUGAUCGGCCAAAUUAACACACUGAAGACCCAAGUGUGCUAUUACAUCGAGCGUCUGACGAGAGCGGCCAAGGAGCGCUCGGCCAACGCAGUGGAGAGAACUUUGACCAUCCUCAAAGAGAAGACUCGUCAAUUGGUGAGCGUGUGCGACUCCAAGCUCUUGUCGUCGGCCAUCGUCGCCCUUGCCGCCGCCCGCCCGGAGUCCGCCCUGCAAGGCAGCCCGUCCCCAUCCUCAUCCUCCCUGUCGCCUUCCUCGCGCUCCCCCUCGCGCUCACCCGCUCACCACCCAUCAUCCCCAUCGCGGGUGGCGACCUCUCCCUCCCGUCUCGCCACCCCGCCAGAGAGCAUCGACGGGAUUAAAAACAAGCGGGCCUCAUUGCAGGCUGACUUGCACACGGAGGAGUGGGAGAAAGUGUGUCUGAAUGUAGACAAGAGUCUGGAGUGCGUAAUUCAGAGGGUGGACAGGUUGCUGCGUGGGGAUCAGCUGCAAAGUGACAGCAGUUCCGAUGACGUGUUUGCAUUGGCAAGUGAGGACCCCACAAAGACAAAAAAAGGGAGCAGUCCCGAGCGGGAAAAAUCAUCACCAGGCGAGUGGGCCGAGGCCCUGCACCCUCUGCUCUCCACGCUGAGCGACUGCGCCUCGCUGAUGAGUGACAAAGCCAAGAAGGCCAUGGUGUUCCUCCUCAUGCAAGACAGCGCUCCCACCAUCGCCAUGAGCCUCACGCUGCAGUACCGCCGCGACGUCGUCUUCUGCCAGACCCUAACGGCUCUUACCUGCGGCUUCGUCCUCAAGCUGAGGAACAGUCUGCCCGACUCAGGUUUCCUCAAGCAGCUCCACACCAUUGGCCUGCUGGUGCAGUAUGAGAGCUUGCUCAGCACCUACGGUGAGGAGCUCGCCAUGUUGGAGGACAUGAGCGUGGGGGUGAAUGACCUGAGGAACGUCACCUUUAAAAUCACGCAAGCAAGUACGGCCUUCAGCCCGGACAUGCUGCCCGUCAUCACGGGAAACAGGAACGGUUUUAACAUCAGAGUCCCCAUCCCCGCGGCCAUUUUCGACAGUCUGCCACGGGAAAUCCAGAACGGCAUGCUGCUGCGCGUGCAGCCUGUCCUCUUCAACGUAGGCAUCAAUGAGCAGCAAACGCUGGCUGAGAAGUUCGGAGACACAUCUCUGCAGGAGGUAAUCAAUACCGAGAGCAUGGCUCGCCUCAGCUUGUACUACGACCACUUUAAAGAAGUCCUGCCCGAAGAUUGUCUUCCUCGCUCGCGUAGCACCACCAGUCUGCCCGAUCUGCUCAAACAGCUCAGUCACAAUGUCAACGCCAAAAAGAGCAAGAACGUGGAGAUUUUGUGGCAGGCGGCAGAGGCAUGCCGGCGCCUGAACGGCGUGCGUUUCACAAGCUGCAAGAGCGCCAAGGACCGCACGGCCAUGUCGCUGACCCUGGAGCAGUGUCACAUCCUAGAGCAGGAGCACGCUCUGGCGCCGCAGGUCUUCUACCAGGCUUUGGACUGCAUGCGCAGGUCAGUUGCUCGCCAGAUGCUGAUCACGAAUGCAGUGGUACUGCACUGUACUAUUAUUGUUACCUCCUGUGCUCUUAUGCGUUUUGCUCGUGCAAACAGCGAGGGCUGCAGACGGGAGAACACCAUGAAGAACGUGGGCUGCCGCAAAUACGCCUUCAACUCACUCCAGCUCAAGGCCUUCCCCAAACAGUAUCGCCCUCCGGAGGGCACGUACGGGAAAGUCGAAUCCUAACCGAGAUAUAAAGUAGAAAGACUGAUGAAGCGCCUCUAAUAUGUACACACGCACACAGGCGCGCGCACGCACACACAUGCAAACACACACACACUUGUUUGUAUUUAGUUACUAAUAAGGAGAUUCAUUUAUGUCCAAGUGCUAUUGUAGGUUGCUUUCUCGUGAUUUUGCUUCCUGGCAAAUUGAAGUACAAAAGCCAAGCAAUGUUAAGUGCCACAUUGAAAAGAAAAAAAUAAACAAAAAUACACGACAAGAUUAGGCGUAAUCACGCAGGGAUGGUCAUCAAUUUGCAGUCGAAUACCUGAGAUUUUUUUUCCUGUUCCGUUUAACUCCAAUUUUAAGAAGUGAAUUUCAAAAUCCGCCCACACACGUCUAAGUCAUGCUCCUCUGAUUUCAUUUAUCUCCCCAUGUAAUCCUUGGAUGUUAUUCUCAUCACAUUAUGACUUUAAAAAAAAGCUUUCAUCUCAUUUUAAAAAGUUCUUUCAACUAUUCUCAAAAAUAGACAUUUUCUUUCAAUAUUGUAGCUCAUACUUUUCUCAAAACGUCUUUCCUGAAAAUUCCAACAUCAUUCUCAAAAUGGCACAAUUUAAACCUCACCUUAAUUCGCAGUCAUCCCCCCCACCCCCAAUACUCCUUCAUACGUAGCCAGUCUACUGAUUUUUUUUCCUCACAAAUGAUGAUGAAAUAUGUGAAUGUGCAGGAAAACAGAGGUUGUGUGUCAGGUGCACGAAAUGUUCCCAGCGCACUAGCUGUGAAUUGAGUAUUAUUUGAUUGUACACCGGAAGCUACUGUGGUGUGUCUUUUAAUUGGCAGAAUAAGAACCAUGCAGCAUGUAUUGCUUUGAUUCACCACAUUCAGUUCACUUAUGAUCAACGUGGCACACACCAAAAAAUAAAAAAAUGCGCAUGGGAUUUAAAAAAAAGCAUUUUUGCUGCAGUCAAGCAGAAAUUGUACUGAGCUUUCACACCUCUUCUGUUGCUGCCAUAUCAGGCCCCAUGUAUCUUACUGUACUAUAUCAACAAACACUGCCAACUUUAUUUUAGGAAUCAUAGUUAUUUUGCUUAUAGCUACUUAUGUUAAUGUACGUUACUGAAAUUAUUGAGUAUGUUACAUGCACACGGGUGGAAGAGUUGGUAAAAAUGGCUGCUGAAUAAAGAGAUGGUCAACUCAAAA